AUGCCACACACAGCCUAAAGGAGGGCGGGGGGUUAAGACGAACUGGAGUCCAAAUGAGUUUGAAGGGAAUGAAAAGAAAAGAAAAAAAAAGUUAACACAAGUUUUCCUAGAAGCUAGCUCGCGAGCACAAGCGUCGCGAACAAGGGCUUUUGUGCAUGCUAAUUGCACCAUUUGUGCGCAAAAGUUCCGACGCAAAGUGUGAACUCUCAACAGAAGGAAACAUGAGACAACUGAAGUGCCCUGGUUUAUGUGCCCUGCUCCUCCUCCGCUGCCGCCUCCUCUUCUUUCUCCUUCCUCCCGCCGAGCCCGCUGUUGAAGCUUGUUUGCACUGGGGCUUAUCCGGAGCGGAAAUUCCUUUCCGUUUUUGUGAAUGACAAACUCAUUAACAAUUCAUCAACACAACCUGUUCCAGCCGGCCCGUCCCCACGGCAACAGCCCCUUCCGCAGAGCGCUCAUUGGCUGGCCGGGAGAAUGUAUCCAUUGAGACGCUCGCUGUUUGUAUCCAUUGAGGAGCUGGCUCGCGCAGGGGGUGUGCGAGGGCUGAGUCCAAGGGAUAGUGAGCAAAUCGAGUCUUGAAUAAUCCGGGGAGAAAGACGCCCGGGUAGGUUUGAGGUGCAGCUUUAGAGGGAGGGAUUAGGAGCCGCUAGACUUUUUUUUCCCUCCGCUCUCAGUAGCGCGGAGUCCGAAUUAAUUGGAUUCCAUUCACUGGGGAGGAACAAAACUGUCUGGGCAGCUUCAUUCAGAGAGAUCCAUUGACACUAAGAGCCAGCGGCUGCAGCCGGGUGCAGAGGGAACCGCCGGCUUCACUUGAGUCUCGCCUACCCCGACCGCUAGCCUCGGCUUGGGUAAGGCGAGGCGAAUUCAACUCCGCUCCGGGAGCGGCUGCUUCGCGCGCUGCGCUCAGCCUAUGCCUGCCCCGAGGGGCGUCUGGUAGGCAUCCCGCCCUCUCCCGCAGCUCGACCCUCAUGAUAGAUACGCUCAGACCCGUGCCUUUCGCGUCCGAAAUGGCGAUCAGCAAGACGGUGGCGUGGCUCAACGAGCAGCUGGAGCUGGGCAACGAGCGGCUGCUGCUGAUGGACUGCCGGCCGCAGGAGCUGUACGAGUCGUCGCACAUCGAGUCGGCCAUCAACGUGGCCAUCCCGGGCAUCAUGCUGCGGCGUCUGCAGAAGGGCAACCUGCCCGUGCGCGCGCUCUUCACGCGCGGCGAGGACCGGGACCGCUUCACGCGGCGCUGCGGCACCGACACGGUGGUGCUGUACGACGAGAGCAGCAGCGACUGGAACGAGAAUACCGGCGGCGAGUCGGUGCUCGGGCUGCUGCUCAAGAAGCUCAAGGACGAGGGCUGCCGGGCGUUCUACCUGGAAGGUGGCUUCAGUAAGUUCCAAGCCGAGUUCGCCCUGCACUGCGAGACCAAUCUAGACGGCUCGUGUAGCAGCAGCUCGCCGCCGUUGCCAGUGCUGGGGCUCGGGGGCCUGCGGAUCAGCUCUGACUCUUCCUCGGACAUUGAGUCUGACCUUGACCGAGACCCCAAUAGUGCAACGGACUCGGACGGCAGCCCGCUGUCCAACAGCCAGCCUUCCUUCCCCGUGGAGAUCUUGCCCUUCCUCUACUUGGGCUGUGCCAAGGACUCCACCAACUUGGACGUAUUGGAGGAGUUCGGCAUCAAGUACAUCUUGAACGUCACCCCCAAUUUGCCGAAUCUCUUCGAGAACGCAGGAGAGUUUAAAUACAAGCAAAUCCCCAUCUCGGAUCACUGGAGCCAAAACCUGUCCCAGUUUUUCCCUGAGGCCAUUUCUUUCAUAGAUGAAGCUCGGGGCAAAAACUGUGGCGUCUUGGUGCAUUGCUUGGCUGGCAUUAGCCGCUCAGUCACUGUGACUGUGGCUUACCUUAUGCAGAAGCUGAACCUGUCAAUGAACGAUGCCUAUGACAUUGUCAAGAUGAAGAAAUCUAACAUCUCCCCUAACUUCAACUUCAUGGGCCAGCUGCUGGACUUUGAGAGGACGCUGGGACUCAGCAGCCCCUGUGACAACCGGGUUCCAACACAGCAGCUGUAUUUUACCACCCCCUCCAACCAGAAUGUCUACCAAGUGGAUUCCCUGCAAUCCACGUGAAAGGCCCCACGCUUUUCCUCACUAGGAUGUGUCCGUUCCUUCAGCAGUUUCUCUUGGCAGCAUCAGCUGGGCUACUUUCUUUCUGUGUGGCCCCAGGUGUCAACGUGACACCAGCUGUCUGUAUUAGACAAGGUUACUAAGUGUGGAAUUGGUUAUUACAAAGAGAGAUUUGCUCCAUUCUCUUUGGAAGAACAGGACAUGCUGUAUAGAUACAGGCAGUAGGUUUGCUCUGCACCCACGUGUACAGCCUACCCAUGCAGGGACUGGGAUUCGAGGACUUCCAGGUAUAUAGGGUAGGACCAAAAUGGUAGGGUAGGAGCAUGUGUUCUUUAGGGCCUUGUAUGGCUGUUUCCUUUUGAUUCUGGAACUGACUAUAUAUUGUCUUCAGUGAAGACUGAUUCAAUUUUGCAUAUAGAGGAGCCAAAGAGAGAUGUCAGCUCUGUAUUUGUGAUAUCAGUUUAGAAAAAAACAAAACCUGAUAUUCCAUUUGAUUAUUGUAAAUAUUUGAUCUUAAAUCACUUGACAGUGUUUGUUUGAAUUGUGUUUGUUUUUUUCUUUGAUGGGUUUAAGAGAAAUUAUCCAAAGGGCGAAAGAGCAGUAUGCCACUUCUUAACACACAAAAAAUGGAAAGUUUUGCUCUUUUCUAAUCCAAAGGGUAUAUUUGCAGCAUGCUUGACAGUACCAAUUCUGAUGACAUCUUCAUGGACACUAUUAUCAAUAAGACCUUGUUAUGGCGCAGUCUUUAGUCUCUUCCACGUAUCUUCCUCAUGAUUUUUUCCUCUUGCUGUAGUUUGACUAUGCCUUACCUUUGUAAAUAUUUUGGCUUGUGUUGUCUCAAAGGGGAUAUCUUGGAAAGACACCAAAAUCCUGGGCUCACUUUUUUUUUUUUUUUUAACUUCAGCUGUGCUAAACAGUAUAUUACCUCUGUAUAAAAUUCUUCAGGGAGUGUCACCUCAAAUGCAAUACUUUGGGUUGGUUUCUUUCCUUUUUUAAAAAAUUUGUAUAAAACUGGAAGUGUGUGUGAGAGCAUGGGUACCCAUUUGAUAGGUGAAAUGCAUAUGAUUGUGAAGGAAGGAGAGUUAAGUUGCUCCAUUCUGUUCGUGGUGUAAAGUUUUGAGCUGGAAUUUAUUAUAAGAAUGUAAAACCUUAAGUUAUUAAUAAAAUAACUAUUUUGGCUAUUGAA